AUGGCUCCCUACAAAUAUAGAGGAGCUUUAAGCGUUGGCUUCCAAUUAUCAAUCACAAUUGGUAUUCUCAUAGCCAAUCUCCUCAACUAUUUCUUUGCCAAACUUGGUGGAUUAGGAUGGAGGUUGAGUCUCGGUGGUGCUAUGGUCCCUGCACUCAUAAUAACCAUUGGCUCAUUAGUCCUUCCGGACACACCAAACUCAAUGAUCGAACGCGGCGCUCGCGAAUCAGCCAAGAUUCAUCUCAAAAGAAUCCGCGGAGUUGAAGAUGUUGACCAAGAGUUCAACGAUCUCGUAGCAGCUAGUGAAGCAUCCAAGCAAGUGAAGAACCCAUGGGGAAACUUGUUGAGAAAGAAAUAUAGACCUCAACUUUCCAUGGCUAUAUUCAUUCCUACAUUCCAACAGUUCACCGGAAUUAACGUUAUCAUGUUUUACGCGCCUGUGCUAUUUAGUUCCGUCGGGUUUAAGGAUGAUGCUUCCCUUAUGUCAGCUGUGAUCACUGGCAUUGUUAAUGUCUUCGGCACCAUUGUCUCGAUUAUCGCGGUCGAUAGGCUGGGUAGAAGAGCUCUUUUUCUUCAAGGUGGUUUUCAAAUGCUGAUAUGUCAGAUCGGAGUAGCGAUAGCUAUUGGAGCUAAGUUUGGAAUCGACGGAAACCCUGGCGAAUUGCCGAAGUGGUAUGCAAUAGUAGUAGUGAUGUUCAUUUGCGCUUAUGUAGCGGCGUUUUCUUGGUCUUGGGGUCCUCUUGCAUGGUUGGUGACUAGUGAGAUUUUUCCACUCGAGAUUCGUUCGGCGGCUCAGAGUGUUAAUGUAGCAGUUAACAUGCUUUUCACAUUCUUGAUUGCGCAAGUUUUCUUGACAAUGCUAUGUCACAUGAAAUUUGGAUUGUUUAUUUUCUUUGCGUUAUUUGUGGUGGUGAUGACAUUCUUUGUGUAUUUCAUGCUUCCUGAAACUAAGGGGAUUCCGAUUGAAGAGAUUAGCACAGUUUGGAAAUCGCAUCCGUAUUGGUCUAGAUUUGUGGAGAAUGAUGAUAAAAGGGAUGGAAUUGAGAUUGGAAGGAGAAAUUGA